AUGGUCGUCAUAGAUUCAAAUCCGCUCGCUGUCCCGGUGAAUGACGCUUGGCGAGAGCUACUUCAGACCCCAGCCGGUAUCCAAGACGAGGAUGAGCUUAAGCAACGCAUUGUGUGGGCCCAGGCGGACGCCUGUUAUGAGGUACAACGUCAUCUCACGAGCCGGAUAGCCAGCUCACGGCAACUGACGCGCAGGUCUACCCAGACGCAUUUAGCCUCAAGUGCGCGUUCACAUAUCGACAAUGACGUCCGCGAAGCUGUCGUGGACGGAUUCCCUCUGCAUGAAUUUUGGGAGCUGCGCCAUCUCUUCUUCAAGUCUACGCCAGACACAUCCGCAGUGUCGUUCAUCCCCAGCGACACUUUCGACGAGAUAUUCUGCAAGGCAGCCCCGCCGGGAUACUUAUCGUCUGAGGGACUCGCACCUAACCUUUCCACUCUGACAGCCCUAACCCCCCCCCCCCCUCUCAGACAAGUCCCCGUCUUCCGUGCCACCUCAUUCUUCCGCCUUUUCGACGAAGAGGCGCAGCUGCGGCUUGCUCGCGCUCUCGCGGGGGUGCUUCGUCUGUAUCAGGGUCCGUGA